GCUACCGAAGGUCCGGAAUGCUGCCGAGCCUCCUCGGCCCCAGCCGACUCAGUCCCGAGGCUGGCUGCGGCAUCACGUGACCCGCGGCGCGGCCAAUCCGCGCAGCCCUCUAUGCUAUUCAAAUCGGCGGCGGGGCCAACGGUUGUGCCGAGACUCGCCACUACCCGGGCCGCUGGGCCUGAGUGUCGCCUUCGCCGCCAUGGACGCCACCAGGCGCUGACAGACCUAUGGAGAGUCGGGGUGUGCCUCCCGGGCCUUAUCGGGCCACCAAGCUGUGGAAUGAAGUUACCACAUCUUUUCGAGCAGGAAUGCCUCUAAGAAAACACAGACAGCACUUUAAAAAAUAUGGUAAUUGUUUCACAGCAGGAGAAGCAGUGGAUUGGCUUUAUGAUCUAUUAACAAAUAAUAGCAAUUUUGGUCCUGAAGUUACAAGGCAACAGACUAUCCAACUGUUGAGGAAAUUUCUUAAGAAUCAUGUAAUUGAAGAUAUCAAAGGGAGGUGGGGAACAGAAAAUGUUGAUGAUAACAACCAGCUCUUCAGAUUUCCUGCAACUUCACCACUUAAAACUCCACCACGAAGGCAUCCAGAGUUGCGAAGAAACAACAUAGAGAGCUUUUCCAAAGAUAAAGAUAGUAUUUUUAAAUUACGAAACUUAUCUCGUAGAACUCCUAAAAAGCAUGGAUUACAUUUAUCUCAGGAAAAGGCCGAGAAAAUAAAGCAUGAAAUAAUCAAUGAAGAUCAAGAAAAUGCAGCUGAUAAUAGAGAACUAAGCCAGGAAGAUGUUGAAGAAGUUUGGAAAUACGUUAUUCUGAUCUACCUGCAAACCAUUUUAGGUGUGCCAUCCCUAGAAGAAGUCAUAAAUCCAAAACAAGUAAUUCCCCAAUAUAUAAUGUACAACAUGGCUAAUACAAGUAAACAUGGAGUAGUUAUACUACAAAACAAAUCAGAUGACCUCCCUCACUGGGUAUUAUCUGCCAUGAAGUGCCUAGCAAAUUGGCCAAGAAGCAAUGAUAUGAAUAAUCCAACUUAUGUUGGAUUUGAACGAGAUGUAUUCAGAACAAUCGCAGAUUAUUUUCUAGAUCUCCCUGAACCUCUACUUACUUUUGAAUAUUACGAAUUAUUUGUGAACAUUUUGGUUGUUUGUGGCUACGUCACAGUUUCAGAUAGAUCCAGUGGGAUUCAUAAAAUCCAAGAUGAUCCACAGUCUUCAAAAUUCCUUCACUUAAACAAUUUGAAUUCCUUCAAAUCAACUGAGUGCCUUCUUCUCAGUCUGCUUCAUAGAGAAAAAAACAAAGAAGAAUCAGAUUCUACUGAGAGACUACAGAUAAGCAAUCCAGGAUUUCAAGAAAGAUGUGCUAAGAAAACGCAGCUAGUUAAUUUAAGAAACAGAAGAGUGAGUGCUAAUGACAUAAUGGGAGGAAGUUGUCAUAAUUUAAUAGGGUUAAGCAGUAUGCAUGAUCUAGCCUCUAACAACAAACCAAGGUGCUAUUCUUUGGAAGGAAUUGUAGAUGUGUCAGGGAAUUCAAGUAAAGAGGCAUCCAGUGUCUUUCAUCAAUCUUUUCCGAACAUAGAAGGACAAAAUAAUAAACUGUUUUUAGAGUCUAAGCCUAAACAGGAAUUCCUGUUGAAUCUUCAUUCAGAGGAAAAUACUCAAAAGCCAUUCAGUGCUGGUUUUAAGAGAACCUCUACUUUGACUGUUCAAGACCAAGAGGAGUUGUGUAAUGGGAAAUGCAAGUCAAAAGAGCUUUGUAGGUCUCAGAGUUUGCUUUUAAGAAGUAGUACAAGAAGGAAUAGUUAUAUCAAUACACCAGUGGCUGAAAUUAUCAUGAAACCAAAUGUUGGACAAGGCAGCACAAGUGUGCAAACAGCUAUGGAAGGUGAACUCGGAGAGUCUAGUGCCACAAUCAAUAAAAGACUCUGCAAAAGUACAAUAGAACUUUCAGAAAAUUCUUUACUUCCAGCUUCUUCUAUGUUGACUGGCACACAAAGUUUGCUGCAACCUCAUUUAGAGAGGGUUGCCAUCGAUGCUCUACAGUUAUGUUGUUUGUUACUUCCCCCACCAAAUCGUAGAAAGCUGCAACUUUUAAUGCGUAUGAUUUCCCGAAUGAGUCAAAAUGUUGAUAUGCCCAAACUUCAUGAUGCAAUGGGUACGAGAUCACUGAUGAUACAUACCUUUUCUCGAUGUGUGUUAUGCUGUGCUGAAGAAGUGGAUCUUGAUGAGCUUCUUGCUGGAAGAUUAGUUUCUUUCUUAAUGGAUCAUCAUCAGGAAAUUCUUCAAGUACCCUCUUACUUACAGACUGCAGUGGAAAAACAUCUUGACUACUUAAAAAAGGGACAUAUUGAAAAUCCUGGAGAUGGACUAUUUGCUCCUUUGCCAACUUACUCAUACUGUAAGCAGAUUAGUGCUCAGGAGUUUGAUGAACAAAAAGUUUCUACCUCUCAAGCUGCAAUUGCAGAACUUUUAGAAAAUAUUAUUAAAAACAGGAGUUUACCUCUAAAAGAGAAAAGGAAAAAACUAAAACAGAUUUUAAGUUUGAGGUAUAUGGACUAUAUAUUAUGAUGUCUUGUAUAUGUGCAUUAACCUAAAACAUGUGAGUACCUACCUGAUUUUGCUCUUUAUCCUGAAUUUUGAAAUAAUACUAACAAUAAUAAUAUAUACUCUCCUUUUUCACUAGUAUUUUGUAUAAUUAUAGCUUGGAUUAGCCUGGGAAAACAAUUAUAAGGUAUGAAUAGGUAUCUUUGAGUGACUUACCACUAUGUUUUAGAAUUUUUAGCUCUGAAAGCCCAGUAGCCACAUGAUUUUGGCACGUCCAAUUCUAAGUCUGAGACACUCAAAGAAGUAUGAAUACUAGAUGCCUAUGCCCUUCAUAGGUUUUACCAGUGGGAAAGAAGAUCUGGAAUUUAGGGGGAUAGUUAACAUCAGAAGAGAAAGAAUCCUAUAAUGUUAAUGUUAAUGAGAUCUAAGAGAUCUUAUAGUAUUCACAUGAGAAGAGAGAGGGAAAGGCAAGGAUAAAAUGAAAGGAUACUAAUCUCUAUAGUACUUCUUUGAGAAAGACACUGAAUUCUUAUAAAAUGUUGAGCACUGCUUCAUCUGGGGAAAUAAUGUUAAAUACCUUCUAAUUUCUCACCUCAUUUUUAAGUUUCAGAAGGAAUAUCCCUUGAUAUAUCAGAAAAGAUUUCCAACCACGGAGAGUGAAGCAGCACUUUUUGGUGACAAACCUACAAUCAAGCAACCAAUGCUGAUUUUAAGAAAACCAAAGUUCCGUAGUCUAAGAUACUAACUGAAUUCAAAAUUAUGUAAUACUUGUGGAACUUUGAUAAAUGAAGCCAUAUCUGAGAAUGUAGCUACUCAAAAGGAAGUCUGUCAUUAAUAAGGUAUUUCUAAAUAAACACAUUAUGUAAGGAAGUGCCAAAAUAGUUGUUUAUCAAUGUGAGACUCCUAGUAAACUAACUAGAUCUCAAUUGAGAGCACAUAGCAAUAGGUGAUACCAAAUACUUUUUGUUUUUAACAGAGCUAUCCAAUAAGGCUAUCAUGAUGUGUGCUAAAAUUUUAUUUACUUGAAUUUUGAAAACUAAGCUGUGUUAGGGAUUAAACUAUAAUUCUGUUUUUAAAAGAAAAUUUAUCUGCAUACGUGCAAGUUCUGAAAUAUUAGCUAAUGAAUUAGUUGUUUGGGGUUACUUCUUUGUUUCUAAGUAUAAGAAUGUGAAGAAUAUUUGAAAACUCAAUGAAAUAAUUCUCAGCUGCCAAAUGUUGCACUCUCUUAUAUAUUCUUUUUCUACUUUUGAUCUAUUUAUAUAUAUGUAUGUGUUUUUAUAAUAUGUGUAUAUUUUAUCAGAUUUGACUUUGCCUUAAAUAUUAUCCCCAACUGCUUUAGUCAUUCAUUUGUUCAAUAUAUAUAUAUUUUGAAUUCUCAUUUUCGUAAUCUAUUAGAAGAUGGGGAUAUAAAAGAUGUAUAAGGCAAUCAUAUAUUCAUUCAAAAGAUAUUUAUUUAGCAACUGCUAUGUGCCUUUCAUUGUUCCAGAUAUGCAGAGACAAUGAUAAAUAAAACAUAUAAUCUCUUCCAUAAGGUAUUUAUUUUUUAAUCAUGGGAGAUACACCUAUCAGAUGCUUAAAAUAACAACACUACCCACUGAAAUCAGGGUGUAUAGAAUCAUUCAGCUAAAGACUGACUUCUAUGAUGAUGGAACAGGUCUUUAAGCUAGUGGUUUUCAAACUGGUACAGCACAUUAGACUCACCUGAGGAGUUUUAAAACAGUCUGUAUGCCCAGGGCCUAACUUAUACUAAUUAAAUCUGAAUUUCGGGGAUGUUGUAUAGGGAUUAGUAUUUUUUUUAAUCUAGGUGAUUCCAAUAUUCAGCCAACUGUGAGAAUCAAUGGCCUAAAUGCUUUUCAUAAACAUUUUUAUAAGGGUCAAGAUAAUGGCACAUUGAUUUUAUUUUUUCAUUGGAAGAAAAUGCCUGCCAAGUAUAAAUGACUCUCAUCUUAAAACAAGAUUAUUCAGGUUUCUACUGAUUGACUUGGUACAAAAAAGCAAGUUACCUUCUAUUUUUUACUCUAAGAUUGUUUCAUGUGUAUUCCUUAAGUGUAAAGAAAUAUAUCAUGCCUGGGUUGUAAUGAAAUCUUAAUGUUUAAUGACUAUUGUUAUUUCUCAAUGUAAUUUCAUACAAUUUCUCUAUAAAAUGAUAGUGUUCCAUUUAACAUUACUGAUUUUUAUUAAAAACCUGGACAGAAAAUUAUAAAUUAUAAGUAUGACUUUAUCCUGGCUAUAAAAUUAUUGGACCAAAUUGAAUUCUUUCUAAGGCAUUUGUAUACUAAAACUUUUAUUGUUUACAGAUAUAUAAAAUGUGGAUUAUGUUGCAAAUUGAGAUUAAAAUUAUUUGGGGUUUUGUAACAAUAUAAUUUUGCUUUUGUAUUAUUAACAAAUAUAUAAAUCAUAAAGGCAGGAAACUUCCAUUUGCAUUUAUGUGCAUGCAAUAGAGAUUACAAAAUACAUGGUACAAUGCUUUAAUAACAUCAACUCUGCCAGUCAGGUUUGAAUCCUACUGUGCUAUUAACUAGCUGGUAAACUCAGACAAGUUAUUUAACUUAUCUAAGCCCCAGUUUUGUUAUCUAUAAAAUGAAGAUUAUAAUAGUACCUCUCUUUAGGAUUGUGAGGAUUAAGUAGGAUAAUGCAUAUAAAGUGUUAGCACAGUGUCUCGCAUGGAAUAAGCACUCUAUAAAUAUUAGCUUUUACUAGAAUCACCUAGGAUUAUAGCACUAGAAGAGAUCUUAGCAAAAAUAUGGUCCUUUCUGUUGCUUUGGACAGACAUGAACCAAAACAAAAUUAUGAACAACUGAUGAGUCUUAGUUAAUAAGUUAAUAACUAUCUUUUCAUUAUGAGACAAAGUUUCUGAGUAUGCCUAGUCGUUGAAAUUUUUUAAUCUAGUCGAGAGGGAAAAUUUGAUAAGGAAGGAAGGAAUGGAUAUCUUCAGAAGAGCUUCGCCUAAGCUGGAGCAUGGAUAGAUUCCAUUCUAACAGAAAGAUCUUUAAGUUCAAAUAUAGAUGAGUUGACUGGUAGAUUUGGUGGUAGUUGCUUUCUCAGGAUAUAAGAAUCAAAAUCAACUGCUACAAGUAAAGAGGGGAUGGGGAAGGUGUUGCACAUUUAAAGAGAGAAAGUGUGAAGUCUAAUUGUGGGAAUGCACAGGUUUCACCAGAUCAAAUGAUGUCUGGUUAUUCUGUAAAUUAUAGUUCUUAUCCCAGAAAUUACUGCCUCUACCAUCCAUAAUAUCUUCUAAUUGGUAUCAUAUAAUGACCCACUCUUCUCACGUUAUCCAAACAGUUAUGUGGCAUUAAGUAAUGGAAUGUACAUGGAAUUUCCCACUGACUUAUCUUUCUGUCCUUGGGAAACUUAAACUCUGAAUCUUCUCAUCUAUAAAAUGUGAAUUAAAGUAUCUACCUAACUGAGUUGUGAUUGUAGCGAAAGAAAGGCAAUAUAUUUAAAUCUUGAAUUUAGCAAGCCCAUGCUCAAUUUUUAUAUCCUUUCCUCUUGCUUUGUAUUGACUUUAAGAUCUCUACUGAUUAAAACUCUUUUGCUAUCAA